ACAGCUUGAUGGGGGAAAUAAGACAGCACAAACGUUUUCGUUUCGCAAAGUCUUCCGGAUUAGAGGAAUACCUUAUUUAUAAGACUGGAGAUCUCUAAAGUCUCUUGCAAGUUUGGAGAGGAGAGCAUCUGUGGAGAACGUGGAACGCUCAGUGAACAGAAACACUUAGAAUCUCCCUGCAGGAUAAAGAAGUGGCUGGAUCCCCUCGAUCGCACUCUCGGCCUCAGAUUGGUUGAGCCUGCCCGGGCAGGAAAAAAAGCGGAAGCGCGCUCUUUCAAACUCGCCGUUCCGACGUCGAUAGAGGCAGGCCACUUCCGGCGUAGGCAUGGCGGCUAACGCUACCACUAACCCGUCACAGCUGCUUCCUCUAGAGCUUGUGGACAAGUGUAUAGGAUCAAGAAUUCACAUUGUGAUGAAGAGUGAUAAGGAGAUUGUUGGCACACUUCUGGGAUUUGAUGACUUUGUCAAUAUGGUAUUGGAAGAUGUCACUGAAUUUGAAAUCACACCAGAAGGAAGAAGAAUUACUAAACUAGAUCAAAUUUUGCUAAAUGGAAAUAAUAUAACAAUGCUGGUUCCUGGAGGAGAAGGACCUGAAGUAUGAAAGGAUUUCCUUAACUUACGCUAGGUUUUAUUUUAUAAUGACAACAGAAGUUUUUUUUUUUUUUUAACCUUUUAAUGUUUGUAUUCUGUGAAGCCAAGUUUCCCGUUAAAGGGAAAUGCUUUGAAGAUGCAUUGUAAAUGCCCAUUUUUGUAAGUUAAUCAUGAUUAUAUUGGGAAAAGAACAGUUUGUUCUUUGAAGACAAAAAUAAAUGUGUUUUUGUUAA